GCUUUGGCUCCAGAAGGGAGGCAGGGACUAGGCAGGCAGGGCCGAGGUAUGCGGCAGAGGCUCUCCCUGCUCGUCCCUCUGCUCCGUUCGACGACACAGCAGCCGCUUUUGGGAGCCUGCCUUCGGCCUCCUCCUCCUCCUCUCCCCUCGCCUCGCCCCUUCUCCUUCUCCUCCUUCCUGCGACAGACUGGGCUUCAGCAAGACAUGCACGACAAAAUGAAUGAUCCUGCUAUUAAAAGAGUAGCAUAUGAUAUUAUCAAGUCACCUGAGGAUAAACGAGAGUAUCGCGGGCUAGAACUGGCAAAUGGCAUCAAGGCAAUGCUUAUUAGUGACCCCACCACAGACAAGUCUUCAGCUGCACUUGAUGUACACAUAGGGUCCUUGUCUGAUCCCCCUAAUAUUGCUGGGUUAAGCCAUUUUUGCGAACAUAUGCUAUUCUUGGGAACCGAAAAAUACCCAAAAGAAAAUGAGUACAGCCAGUUUCUCAGUGAACAUGCAGGGAGCUCAAAUGCUUUUACCAGUGGAGAGCACACCAACUAUUAUUUUGAUGUGUCACAUGAACAUUUAGAAGGUGCCCUGGACAGAUUUUCCCAGUUUUUCUUGUGCCCUCUGUUUGAUGAAAGCUGCAAAGAUAGAGAAGUGAAUGCUGUUGAUUCUGAGCAUGAGAAGAAUUUAAUGAAUGAUGCUUGGAGGUUGUUUCAACUAGAAAAAGCAACUGGAAAUCCCAAUCAUCCCUUCAGCAAAUUUGGCACAGGAAACAAAUUCACUUUGGAAACUACACCAACACAAGACGGAAUAGAUGUAAGGCAAGAGCUGCUGAAGUUUCAUUCAACUUAUUAUUCAUCAAAUUUAAUGGCUGUCUGUGUUCUAGGUCGAGAAUCUCUAGAUGAGCUAACCAGUUUGGUAGUGAAGCUAUUCUCUGAAGUAGAGAACAAAAAUGUUCCAUUACCAGAAUUCCCUGAACAUCCUUUCCAAGAAGAACAUCUCCGGCAACUGUACAAAGUGGUACCUAUUAAAGACAUUAGAAAUCUUUAUGUCACAUUUCCAAUACCAGAUCUCCAGAAGUACUAUAAAUCUAACCCUGGCCAUUAUCUUGGUCAUCUUAUUGGGCAUGAAGGGCCAGGAAGUCUUUUAUCAGAACUGAAAGCUAAAGGCUGGGUAAAUACAUUGGUUGGAGGUCAAAAAGAAGGUGCUAGAGGCUUCAUGUUUUUCAUCAUUAAUGUCGACCUUACUGAAGAAGGACUUUUACACGUGGAAGAUAUUAUUUUACACAUGUUUCAAUAUAUACAAAAACUACGUACAGAAGGACCUCAGGAAUGGGUUUUUCAAGAAUGCAAGGAUCUAAAUGCUGUAGCCUUCAGGUUUAAAGAUAAGGAGAGACCCCGAGGUUAUACAUCAAAACUUGCAGGGAUGCUGCAUUACUAUCCCAUUGAAGAAGUUCUUGCUGCUGAAUAUUUACUUGAAGAAUUUAGGCCUGACUUAAUAGAAAUGGUAUUGGAUAAACUGAGACCUGAAAAUGUCCGGGUUGCAAUAGUCUCUAAGGCUUUUGAAGGAAAAACUGAUAGGACAGAACAAUGGUAUGGAACCCAGUACAAGCAAGAAGCAAUUUCUGAUGAAGUCGUUAAGAAAUGGCAAAAUGCUGACCUUAAUGGGAAAUUCAAGCUCCCAAUGAAGAAUGAAUUUAUUCCUACUAACUUUGAAAUAGUACCUUUAGAGAAGGAUGCACCGCAGUACCCUACCCUUAUUAAGGACACCGCUAUGAGCAAACUGUGGUUCAAGCAAGAUGAUAAAUUUUUCUUACCCAAAGCUUGCCUCAACUUUGAAUUUUUCAGUCGCUACCUUUAUGCUGACCCUCUCCAUUGCAACAUGACAUACCUGUUAAUCAGGUUAUUGAAGGAUGAUUUAAAAGAGUAUACAUAUGCAGCACGCCUUUCAGGUUUGGUCUAUGCCAUUGCAUCAGGAAUGAAUGCAAUACUUCUUUCUGUAAAAGGUUACAAUGACAAGCAGCAUAUCCUGCUGAAGAAGAUUAUUGAGAAAAUGGCCACCUUUGAGAUUGAUGAAAAAAGAUUUGAAAUUAUCAAGGAAGCGUAUAUGAGAUCACUUAACAACUUUCGAGCUGAACAGCCACACCAGCAUGCCAUGUAUUACCUUCGGCUAUUAAUGACAGAAGUUGCCUGGACCAAAGAUGAAUUAAAAGAAGCUUUAGAUGAUGUCACUCUUCCCCGCCUCAAGGCCUUUAUUUCUCAGCUGUUGUCACGGUUACACAUUGAAGCACUCCUCCAUGGCAAUAUAACAAAACAGGCUGCGCUAGGAAUAAUGCAGAUGGUUGAAGAUACCCUCAUUGAGCAUGCUCACACAAAGCCUCUGCUUCCCAGUCAGCUUGUACGAUACAGAGAAGUGCAGCUGCCUGACAGAGGUUGGUUCGUUUAUCAACAGAGGAAUGAAGUUCAUAAUAAUUGCGGUAUAGAAAUAUAUUAUCAAACAGAUAUGCAAAGCACCUCAGAGAAUAUGUUUUUGGAACUUUUCUGUCAGAUUAUCUCAGAGCCUUGCUUCAAUACCCUGCGCACUAAGGAGCAGUUAGGGUACAUUGUGUUCAGUGGUCCACGGCGAGCUAAUGGUAUCCAAGGACUGCGGUUUAUCAUCCAGUCAGAGAAGCCUCCACACUACUUGGAAAGCAGGGUUGAAGCUUUCUUAAAAACCAUGGAGAAGUGUAUAGAAGAGAUGUCAGAAGAAGCAUUCCAAAAGCAUAUCCAGGCUUUAGCUAUUCGUCGCCUUGACAAACCAAAGAAACUGUCUGCUGAGUGUGCAAAGUACUGGGGUGAAAUAAUUUCCCAGCAAUAUAACUUUGACAGAGAUAACAUUGAAGUGGCAUUUCUCAAAACUCUUACAAAGGAUGACAUAAUGCACUUUUAUAAGGAGAUGUUGGCAGUAGAUGCUCAGAGAAGGCACAAAGUAUCAGUACAUGUAUUAGCAAGGGAAAUGGAUUCAUGCCCUGUUGUGGGAGAAUUUCCGUGUCAAAAUGAUGUAAACCUGGCACCAGCACCACCACUGCCACAGCCUGAUGUGAUUCAGAACAUGACAGAGUUCAAGCGCAGUCUACCACUCUUUCCUCUGGUGAAACCUCAUAUCAAUUUCAUGGCUGCAAAACUGUGAAGACUUGCUGGGUGAAGAACUGGAAGAGGAUCAUUCUUAUUUGACCUCAGUGGGUUUUCAUAAUGAACAAGCAUCUUAAAUUGUUAUUAGGACAAAGAGAUCUGUCCAAUAUGAGGGUACCUGAUUCCUUCUAGGUUCAUGCAGCAUAAAUGGUGUGAUAAAGAUUCAGCAAAUUAGGCAAAUAGGCUGUAGUCAUAUGUCAUGUUUAUUGUAGAGCCUCUCUUGGAGACCCAAAUCAAGUGGUAUAUUCAAAGGUCUGUGUAGGUAUGGUAUAUUUAACAAUAGUGUGGCCCUUCAAUGAUUUUGUUUGCAAAAUGGAACAUGAAGAAGCUUUCUGAACAGACUGGUUUUACUUUAAAGCCUCUUGCUUUUCCUAUAAAUGGUCAUUAAGAUUAAAAAUUUUGGGAGUUUAUUUUAUUGAAUGUGGAGGGGGAAAACAUUAUUAAAAACACACAUAUUGAUAUUUUGAAAGAAAGAGCAUGGAAUGUUUUGUUUUUAAAUGAUUCUCAACUGCAACCAAGUUCAUUGGUUCUGUAUAAAAUCUGUGGAAAUGAGAAAAUGCCAACACAUGUCUUCAGCAGAAGAGGAGUUGCUAGGCUGUCUUGACAUACUUUUAAUCUUUAUACACAAUUGAGGAUGGUUUAUAUUCAGACUAGUAAAAUGCUGGAAACACUUGGUAAGCAUCCUUUUCUUACUUGAGUUAUCUUCUAUUUAUAACCCUUGCAUUUCUCAGGGUUACUCAGAUAAUCUUUUUUUCCCCCCCCCAAUAAAAAAAUUGGUUUGUUUCCCCCCCCCCCCUUCUUUUUCCAGUUGUUCAUGUACUGAUUUAGAUCCCCUUCAGGCUUGCCCUCACUUAGGGGCGAAAAGAUUGGCACAAUAUACCAGCUUGGGGGCAAUGUGGGGGCAUAGCAUUUAGACGAUGCACGCCCCAACAUUGCCCCAUCAUGUCACCUGUCCACCCAGACAAUGGACAGCAUUGGGGUGCUCUGACGGCACAACAUUUGCACACCACAGGAGUGCCGAAAAGCUGCUGCAGUAGUGGAAAAGCCACCAUUUUUUCAGCGCAAAAAGGAGUGGCAUUUUGCCGCUUCUUUUUGUGUCGAGAAAAAGGUCAGAUUGGGCCUGUGGCAUGCAGUUGCCACCGCCCCAGUCAGGCACUCAAAGGGGCGGCUUAAACCCUUAUUUACUAUGUAUGACUUGCCAAAAGCUUGUUAAACUCUGGGCAUGAGGCAUACUUCCACGCUGGGAGAUAGCUCUUAGCAUUUAUCAUCAAAACAGCUCAACCUAUUCCUGAAUCCCAUAGAUGCAUCAUUUUGAAUGUCCAUUUUGAUGGGGUUACAAAACUUGCAUCAGAAAAUUGGCCCCACAAAGCAUGGCACCCAACUGUAUCAUAAUCUGUACCUACCAUUAUUAUUUUUUAAAUACUUGAUGAAAGCUUUCAGGGUACACAGAAAUUUUUUUGAGGCUUGAGUGUUAAAUGUGAGACAAUGUACAUUUACAUUGUUAGAUCAUGCCAGCAGUUACAUGUUGCAUUAAUUGUAAUAUGUACAGAACAUGAGUAUGUACUAAGGCAGAAUUUCUUGUGCUUAAAACCUUGUAUCAGUCUUUUAAACACAGCCUAAAUGCUUUCCCUUUAUUGUCUUUGGAAACUUCAGGUAUCUGAAAUGCCAGUGAUAGCACAAAAUAUCAGUCAAUUCAGGAUACAAAACAGCAGACCAAUGACAAUUGAUUUCAAGGAAUACAGCACAAAUGAAAGAAGUUUGUAUGUAAAAUUUAAAACAUAGAAAUGAUAACUUAGGUUUCUUUUGUUGAUUUGUUUGGGUUUUUUUAGUCUUCAAGCUAUAUGGGGGUUAUGCCACCAAAAGCACAUAGAGAAUGAUCAGGUGCUGAAGAUUUUAUCAGUCAGAUUUGGAUGAGAAAAGGCAUUUGCAUGCUUUUUUCAGGUAUUUACUUUCCUCAUGUUCAUUACAUAGAUUCAAAAUUCCAAACAUUCAAGGCAUGAGGAUCUGUCCAAUAGAUUUCUAGACCCAGUUUGUAUUUGCAAGAGAAAUUGUGCCUCUUACCUUUUGAAAUUUGACGUAUGUAGUGAUAACUAUUAAGAGCAUUGAUUACAUGCUUUGCAGGAUCCAGCUGUAAUAUGGUUGUUUUAUCCCACCCACAUUUAUUGUGACUGAUCCCGACAUACAUUGGUUGUUUUGUUAAUUGACAGAAGAAGAAGGUCUCUUUCAUCUUCUAGGAAACCAAGAACAGAGCAGAGAUGAUAAGCCAAAGUAGAAAGUAAACAACCAGCCUUAGACUUGACCUGUCUUCUCUUGUAGUAUAUAGUGUUACAUCGUUGCUGGAUUUCACCCUGUUAAAUUUGAAAACUUCUGCCACCUCUUACAGCAAAAAAGGGAACUGAAAGACAGAACUAGGCCAAAAUGUCUCUAGGGCAUGUGUGUGUGCACUACUGAAGGUCAACCUUUCAUGCUUCACAAGUUCAGUAUUCAUAGUUGCAUUCAUGGUAAAGAGGUCAUUUGAUGGAUAACAGAUUUUGUACAACACGCUGGGGGAGAAAACAUGCAACAGCAUGAUUAACACUCAGAGGAUGUCUUCACCAACAGACAACUGGCAUAAUUUGUUAAAUUUGUCAGGAAGAGUCUAAAGAACCCAAUGAAUUUCUAGAAUCAGUUUGUUUUUCCACACCAUGGAUUUGUAUUUUGAACCUGGAUGCCAUUAUAUAAGUAUAUCGUGGUAUUUAAAUAAUUUUAUUUAUGGGAUGCAGGUUUUGGUACAGGCAUCAAGGAUUAAUCCUGUGAGCACUGUUCACGUAUCAAAGGAUUGGUGCUAAGGAUGGAAUCUGCUGAGGAAUUAUAUCUGCAAAAUGCAAGGAGAGUUAUACAGGAGCAAUUCUUAGAGACUAUUGAUAUGAGGAUCCUACCCAAAGUACUUUUGAUUAAUCUUCCAGAAGAAAGUUUGUGACAUGUAGACUCUGCAAUUUUUAAGAUUCAUCUAAAUCUUUCUUAAGGGGAGGUUUGUGAAUCUGUGGCCCUCCAUAGGUCACCAUUUGGACUCCAUCUUCCAUCAACCCUACCCUCCUGGCCAAUAGUCAGAAUUGAUAGGAAAUGCUAGUCCAGUGACAGCUGAACAUCUACAGGCUCCAAACCCCUGCUCUAGGAGAACACUGAAACAGACUUUGAAAGGAUCGCUUUUAUAAUACCAGGUUUUAUGUUAGUCAUUCCUUAACUGUGAAAACAACUAUAGUGUCACUCUCUAUACUGGUGGCUUUUUUGAAGAGAGAGUGUAUGUUUGGAAUUUCUUUCCUUUUUUUCUCUAAUAGAACUUGGGGCAUUAAUAAUGGCAGAAGCGUUUUGAAAAAUUAUUACGGAAUUAUUUAGGGUCUCUCAUUGGAGGAAUGGAAUAAACACACUGGGAAAUGUGCUGUUUUACAAUGGUGUUAACAGCAAAAAACAACCACAAUUUUUCAUAUAUGAAAUCCUAUUAUAGUUAUCUUCACAGUUAAAUUCUCUUUCCUCAAAAUAUUCAACAGAUUUUAGAUUUGUCUUCACUAACACACCAUUUUUGUGUGUCUCCCUACUUUGUUCAAAAUGUCUUGUAUAGCUGUUUUAACUGGAAUACAUACUUCAAAAUUAUAUAUUUUGAGAUUUGAUAUUUAAUUGGGUGCCAUGGUCAAGAACUGUCAACAAUUUAUGUAGAAAAUUAGUUUAUGAGAUAGAAGAUAAUCCUUAAUAUAUCCACGUAAUUUAAGAUCAUUGAAUUUAUAUUGUAACUUAACACAAUCAUAUAAACUGGUUCUGUCGCAGGAGAAGACAUCUUUAUAUUGCAAGCAUGAAAGCAUUUAACAGGUACCUGAUUUCAGUUAGAUCUGCAGACGUUUAAAUGAUUUGAAAAUAAAUGUUUGCCAGCCUAAUAUUAAAAAUUGGUGCUAAGAUUAUAAGAUAACAGAGGCAAUGCUUGCUUUUUGUGACAUAACAUUAGCACAGCAUACAGCAAAUACUCAUGUUGGUUCUUACAUUCUGAAAUGAUGGAUAUGGAGCCUGGACUUCAGAUAUGUCCAAACACACGUACAAAGCACUGUUCUGCUGAUUUGCCCUUCCAUCAGCAAUCUUUUGUGCCUAAUGGCGUGCCACUCUAAAGGGUCCUCCAGUCUUUGGCAGAGACCUUUUUGGGAGGGACUAUGAGGAGGGGUGCCACCGGAUAUUGGGUAUGCUGAAAAGUCACAAUAGCUUGCAGCAUACAUCUUGUGACUGCUUUCCUAACCCAUUUUUGCUGGCUAUAUUCCACACUUUAAUGGAGUGCCCAUAAUAACCAUCAGUCAUACAAUAAGCCUUAUUCAAAAGUAUCAUCAACAUGUCCAUGUGCUAUGAACACAGUGUCUCUGUUAGCAAUAUUCAAUUUCUUGUUUUAAGUGUUCUCCAGCAUUUUAUAGUUUGAGUUUGGUAGAACAAUGCAGUUUGUUAACUCAGGCAUAUCAGUGGAUUCUCUCCAGUAGAUCCAAAGCUGCAGUGUCAACAAGCAAUAACAGACUACCUAGAGUACACUGUAAUUCCGUUUUAGUGCUCGUUAACAAAAUUUGUGUAACAAACCAUCAAUUAUGACUUGAUUACUGUAAUUUUUGCAAGUGCUAUUUUGAGCAGUUGAUGUGGAAUUGGGUGCAUGUUGACAUAGUAUGGAGGAGUGUUUGUCAUACUCUUGACAAUAAACAAUCUGAAUACAA